AUGUUCAUUGCGGACACCUUGGAACCUUUUUUUGGCGUGACUGCCAGCGUGACAUAUGAGAAGCCGCACGCGCUCGCACGUCGACUCUCUACCGUGGACCAAGUCAGCGAGGGUCGUGUGGCAUGGAAUAUUGUCACGUUAUAUCUGGAUAGCGCAGCCCGAAACCACGGCUUGGAUGAACAGAUUUCUCAUGACGAGCGAUAUGCAAGAGCAGACGAAUAUCUCGAGGUGCUCUACAAGCUCUGGGAAGGAAGUUUCAGAGACAACGCCGUGCUCGCCGACCGACAGCUCGGAACAUACAUUGCUAGUGAUGGUGCCGGUGUCUCCGAAGCCGGUGGUCAAUUCGGUGGAAAGCAUGGCGAGGUAAUCUUCAUCGGUGGCCAGACACCCGAGGGGACUCGUUUGACAGUGGAUAAUGUACGGAAUGUGGCCAAACAGCAUGGCCGCGAUCCAAAUCACAUCAAAGUCAUCAUUGGUAUCAAUGUGAUUGUCGCUGCGACAGAUGAAGAAGCGAAGGCAAAGCGGGAGGAUUAUCUCAAAUACGCCGACGAUGAAGGCACAUUGGCUUUGUUCGGUGGAUGGACUGGAAUCGACCUGUCAAGUUAUGCUGAUGAUGAGGAUUUCCGAUUCAGUGACUCGCCGGGAGUCCAAUCCAUUGUUCGGAGAUGGUCUGCUACCGUGCCAGGUACAGAUAGCUUGCCAUGGACGAAACGGAGGAUAGUGGAGUACAUCAGUGUUGGUGGGCUACAGGCUAAGAUCGUUGGUAGUCCCACGACAGUUGCAGAUGAGUUGGAAGAAUGGGUGGAGACCUCCGAUGUGGAUGGUUUCAAUCUUGCCCACAUUGUGAAUCCCGGGACUUUUGAGGAUACAAUUAAGUCCUUACUGCCUGAACUGCGUCGGAGAGGGCUUUUCCGAGAGAAAAAUUGA